ACCUUUCGAAAUCAAGGCCUACGCAGUCGGUGAAUGGAGAAAUGACUCCAGUUAUCACGAUAAAUCUGCGCUAUCGGCAGCGCGGCGAUCGGCUCCGCGAGUAUAUUCGAUAACACGUCGCGCGAGACUUUCGUUUCGUGUUAGGAUUAGAAAAUAUCAAGUGUGGCACAAUGUCCUCUGUUGUUGAAGAUAUUUGUGAACUUUUAGACAGUUAUAAUGGACGGGACAAGGUGGUCAGACUAGCCUGCUACACACUGAAGCUGUACGGCUGUAUAAAGGGCGAGAAGCCAUGGCAGACGGCAGGCUCGCGGCUGUCCAACGCGCGCAUGAUGCUGCGACUCUUCGACGAUAUACCCAUGAUACGACACACCUACAGCUACGGGCUGGGUCGCCAGGAGUCAUCAACAAUGGCAGCGGCGCUCGGCGUCCUUGCCAACAUGGUGGACCAAGCCUUCCUGCCCGUGGAGAAGGCCUGCUGGCUGCAGGAAGUAGGCGUCUUGAAGUUGUCCGAUGAAACGGCGGAGCGACUAGACGUCGUCAGUACGGCGCUGUGGGCUGCAAGCCUUUACAUAUCCUUGCUACAGACGGUCCGCGCCAUCCGCCAGCUGUGGUGGAGUCGCGACUGCUUGCGGCACUCCUGUGAAGGCGGGGGCUCAGAGGCGCGUCGCAACCUGGACGUGCGGCUCACACUACAAGCUGUCACUGCUGGCAAACUCCUCCUAGACAUAACGCACGCCGUGAGCUGCCUGCCAGAGGGCUGGCUGUGGGGCGAGCGCAUCGGCAGCACCAAGGUCGCCGCCAUCGCCACCACGAGCUCGGUCAUCGGCAUCGCCAUGUACUUCGCCAAGAAACGCCUCUUGAAGUAAGGGCUGAUUUAGGGUCGGUUGCACCAAACUGUUCGUAUCGUUAAAGAGUUCGCUAAAUUUUUAUGUAUGGAAAGUUUCAUAGUAAAAGCGGGGCGCGCCAGCUGAUGUUGAUGUGUCAAUUGUGGUUGGUGCAACUGGCCCUUAGACAGCGCGCGAACUCGCAUGCAAUUUUAAUAACUUUGCGGACUGUUGGUUACGUAAAAAUGUUGGACGAAAUAAAAAGUGCCUGAUGUUCUGGUUAAUAGGAUUAUACCGAAGAAAACAGAGUGUAUGGAGGCGGAUUGUCAAAGUAAAUUAUGUAGUCACAGUGAAUUUACUGCCAUAUUUCGACAGAUGUUUAAAACUUUUGGAACGUCAUUUGACUUUGAUCCUUAUUCUUUUACAGAUAUGUGUUUUGUUAAAUAUCAAAAAGCUUCGCCAUCUACUCGAGACUAGGCCGAUGGUAAGGUAGGUAGGUAGGGGGAAGGUAGGGAUCCAUCUUUUAGAGAGAUGGCAGCAAAUUCACUGUGACUACA